AGCCUCGGUUCGUUCCCGGGAGUUUGGUCCGUUAACCUGCGCCGCAUCAUCUCUGACCACGCAGAUACGUUCACGCACAGUCACGCGUGGUGUUCUGACCCGUGCACAGACCUGACCCCCGGUCCCGGUUCUCCCUCCUCUGGACCCGGUUGGCAUGAGAGCCUCCGGCUCCGGGGGACGGUGAUGGAGCUCCAGGAGCUGGGCUGGCCGUGUCUGGUGGCUCUCUUCCUCGCCUCCGUGCUCAUCGUGCUGGGCUGGCUCCUCCAGUACUCGCUGACCCUCCUGCGGCUGCGGAGAUCCAGGAAGAAGAAGGCAGCGGAACCGGACCAGCUCUGCUUCACACAGCCCGUCCAGAACCGGACACGGUCCGGGGGGGUGUGGGGCUUCCUGCAGAAGAAGCUGCGCUCGGGCAGGGAUGGAGGAGCUGCGGAGGCCGGGGUUCAAGGCUUGUUGACCUCCCUGUUCUCCUUCAGGUCCUUCAGGGAGCUCUGGCAGAGGACCUGGGUCCGAGCCCUGAACCAGCAGGCGUGCAGGGACGGGAGCUCCAUCCAGAUCACGUUUGACAGCAGCCUCCAGCUCUCUGCGGCCUGCACCAUCGACAGCGUGACCUGCACCGACCAGUCUGCAGACCGGAUGGUUCUGCUCUGCACAUGUCGGGUGGACACGCUGACGUUUCCUGUGACGGUCACCCAGCAGUCGCAUGCCGCCGUUUCCAUGGAUACCUACCAGAUCGCCACAGCACCGAUGGUGACACAGGUGGUGGUCAGUCUGGAGGAGGUGGAGGACGAGGGUCUGCUGAUGUCCUGGACUCUGUCCAAGCAGCCGUCCUUCACUCUAACCGUGUCUCCGUGUAAGCUGCACAGACAGGGCUCUGACGCUCAGGUGGACGUGGACAUGAUUAAAGGUCUGAUCGAGGACACUCUGUUCAGCACUCAGCCGGCGAUGGUCAUCAGUCUGCAGACGUGUGCGUCGAGUCUUCAGACCCGUUUGGACCGUCUGUCGGUGGGGUUGAAUUCGGUUCCUCAGAGCGUCGUGGCGAGGCGACUCCUGCUCCGGCAGCUCAGGGUGACCUUAAGUAAAGGUCAGUGGUCCAGAUCAGGAGAGCUGUGCUGUGUCCUGAACCUGGACCAGCCGCCCACAGAGAGGGCGACCCGCUUCCUGUCUGUGCCCAGCAACGCCGACGCCCCGCUGGAGUGGAGCGAAGAGAUCAGCCUCGACAUCAGCCUGGAAACCAAAGAGCUGAGAGUCAGACUUCUGGAGCGGAGUGGCAAACGUGAACAGUUCCUGCCGGGCCACGCCUCCAUCGCUGUGGACCCUCGCAGCAGAACUCCUACUGGACAUCACAUCCUGUCAAUCAGCCCUGGACACGGCUUGGCGCCAAACGCCGCCAUCACAGCAGAGCUGCUGUACGAGGAAACAGAGGAGCCUCGCAGCUCCCACAGUGCUUUGCCACUUCGCUCCUCACUCACCCCGACAAAGAAAGUGGACGUGGACCGAACCAUCAUGCCGGACGGGACCAUCGUGACCACCGUCACCACCGUCCAGUCUCGACUCAAAGUGGAACGCAGCCCAGGUGACUCUCCUCUGCGCUCGCCGUCCAAAGUGGAGGUGACGGAGAAGAAACCCACCGUCCUGUCGGAUGGCGGAGGCAGCCCCACCUCGAGCAAGAGCAGUCGCCUCUCCAAUGGCCUGGAUCCCGUCGCAGAGACCGCCAUCCGGCAGCUGACGGAGUCUGCCUCCAAAGCAGCUCGGAAGACGCCGACGAAGAGGAGCACGCUCAUCAUCUCGGGCGUGUCGAAGGUCCCGCUCUCUGAAGACGACUGCGUGUUAUCGAGCGGCUAUGCUGCAGCCAUGGAUGCGGCCAUGCACGGAAACCAUUACGGCGCCGGGAAUCACCAGGAUCCAGAUGAAACCACGCCCUCCGACGUGUCGGAGCGUCCGUCUGUAGACGACGUGGAGUCGGAUACCGGAUCCACCGGUGCCCUGGAAACCCGGAGUCUCAAAGACCACAAAGUGAGCUUCCUCCAGAGCGGCUCCAAGCUUUUGUUCCGCAGACGACAUCGAGAGAAGGAGUCCUGCCUCAGCCAGUCCCACGAAGACAUCUCCAACAUGGGCAACAACUUUGGUGCUGCUGCCGCCGCCUCAAACAGCAGCCGCAAGAAGUCCGGGAGCUUCUCCCGGCGUCUCAUCAAGCGCUUCUCUUUCCGCUCAUCGGGCAAAUCAAAAAGCAAAACCGCCGCCACCUCCAAUGGAGGAGCGAGCUCGCUGGACAACUGAUCGGGUCACUGCCGGGCCGCCGUGGCUCUAACAGAAGAAGAACUGAGGAGUCCAAUCUGUGACGGCUGAGGAAACCUCUUCCACCUUCAGGACAGACCGACCUGUCUGUCACAUCAGGUCAAAGUGAUGAUGGAGGACGGAGCUGCUGCUCGGCGAGGACACGAUGACGAUGACUCCAAUAUUUAAUGAUCUCAAUGCCAGGACGGCGCUGUCGGUUGCACUUUGGACUUUUUUAAUUGCUGGGUUGUAUAAAGGUAAUUUAUUAUUCUGUGGUUCUCAUAUAAGUGCUAUUUAUUUGAUUUGAUUUAUAAAUCAGCGUAGUUGCUUUACACUGUAAAAAAAAGAAGCGUUGUUGAUGUCAUUUUAAACAUAGUUUAAGUAAGUUCAGAGAUCUUAAUGCAGCUGUAAGUCAUUCACACGUUGGUUUAAUGUCGUAUCUUAUAUGAGACACACAGAUAGAUUCAUUUUAUAAAGAUACUUUCUUCAGUUUGCUCUCUACGGUUUAAACUUUUGAAAUUUUCUGUCAGUCUGUUUUAAACACAUUAUGUUGAUGCUCAUAAGAACUUCUUAUUAGUGCAAUAACUCAUUUCUGUGCAGUAAGUUUAUAUAUUUCAUGUGAGACACCUCGCGCUGCGUCCGUAUGUAAAACAUGUACACAAGACAAAUCUUUAUCUGACUGCGUUAAUUAAGGGACUGAAAUUAAUUUUAAUUAAAUAUUCAGGUUGAUUUGCUUCAAUAAAAUGAUUCGCUGUCAUCACAGAGGCGAAGCGUGUGCUUUAUAAACUGAACAAAGUUAAAAUAUUAAAAUAUGGCUGAAUGUGAAACAGAAAGCAGAUGUUUGAUUUCUGUUGAUAUUUAAAAUGUU